AUGUUUCCUAAGAAACAACUUUCCGGAAAUCUCAAGAGACAAAAAAAGAAAAAAAAUGAUGAAAUUGCUCAAAGUUUAAGAGGAUCUUUGAAUAAAUAUUUUGUUAAACAAACCAAUGCUUCACUUGAAAAUUUAGAUGAAGAUGAUUUACCAAAUGAAUAUGAACACCCAAUAUUGGAAGAAUUAGUAGAAAAUGAGAAUGAUGUGAAUGAAGAAAUUGGUGAUCUAGAUGAAAAUGAAAAUAGUGAUGAACCUUUCCUUGAUGAAAAUGAAAAUAUUGAUGAACAUUGCCAUGAAAAUGAAUGUCCCGAAACAAGAUUUGAUUUGAACAUUUAUGAUCCACGAGUUUGGGAUAAUCUUGAUGCAAAAAUGAGAGAUUUACUUGUAGAAAAAGAAUUACAAGAGCUAAUCAAGAAAGAUACACUACACUGGAAAAAUGUUAUUGUCAGAAUCAUUGCUGUUGUGAAAUGUCUUGCUACACAUAAUUUGGCUUUUCGUGGAACAAAUGAAAAAAUUUAUGAAGAUGGUAAUGGUAACUUUUUAGGCCUGCUUGAAAUGAUUGCAGAGUUUGAUCUAGUAAUGCAACACCAUUUUCGACUCAUUCAAGAUAAGAAGAUUCAUUAUCAUUAUCUUAGCCAUAAAAUUCAAAAUGAGUUGAUAGCUAUUUUAGCAUCAAAUGUUAAACAUGCAAUCAUUGAAAAAAUAAAAACAGCUAAAUAUUUUUCUGUCAUUCUUGAUUGUACUCCUGAUGCAAGUCACAAAGAACAAAUGACUUUAAUAUUGAGGUGUGUAGAUGUUUCAAGUACUCCAAUAAAUAUAGAAGAGUAUUUUUUAGAGUUUCUGAAUGUGGAAGAUACAUCUGGAUUAGGACUUUUUAAUGAAUUGCAAAAUGUAAUUGAGUCGCUUACACUUAAUAUUGAUGAUGUGAGGGGACAAGGUUAUGAUAAUGGCUCUAAUAUGAAAGGAAAAAAUCUAGGUGUACAAAAAAGAUUACUUGAUAUAAAUCCUAGAGCAUUUUACAUGCCAUGUGGUUCUCAUUGUCUCAACUUAAUAGUUUGUAAUAUGGCCAACUCAUGUGUUAAAGCAAAAUCUUUUUUUGGAGCAUGUCAAUGCAUAUAUACGGUAUUCUCUAAUUCAACAAAGCGAUGGAAUGUGUUACUUGAUUACAUAGAUGGUUUGACUUUGAAAUCAUUGUCAACUACACGUUGGGAAAGUCACAUUGAAAGUGUCAAAGCAAUAAAAUCUCAAGCUUCCCAAAUUAGAGAAGCUUUAUUUAAAUUAACAGAAAUUAGUGAAGAUGCCAAAUUGAGUAGGGAUGCUCAAAGUUUAGCAUCAGGAGAGCUUUCAAGUUUUGAAUUUAUAUUAAGUUUGGUUAUUUGGCAUGACAUUUUGCAUAAGAUUAACUUAGUUAGUAAAAAGUUACAAUCUGAAGACAUGCGUCUUGAUGCUGCUGUAAGACAAUUAGAAGGACUUGUGUUAUUUUUUGAAAACUAUAGAAUAAAUGGGUUUGUUUCUGCCAUGAUUGAUGCUAAGCAAAUUUCCCUUGAUAUGGGAAUUGAGCCUAUAUUUCCAAAAAAAACGUCAAUGGAUAUUGCUCUUGGUGAAUUGAAGAAUAGGUUUGAACAAUUGCAUUGUUUUGAAUCUAUUUUUGGGUUCUUAUUUGAUGCUGCAAAAUUGACUUCGCUUGAUGAUAAUGAAUUAAAAAGUUUUUGUGUGAAUCUUGAAAAUGCUUUAAAACAUGGUGAUGUUUCCGAUGUUGAUGCAAGAGACUUAUUUUCAGAAUUACAGGUGUUGCAAGUGAUGUUACCAAAAGAAGCAUAUGAAACAGAUAAACCAUGGACAUCCAUUAAAAUUCUUGAGUUUGUAAAGAGUGUGGAUAUGUUUCCUAAUGUAAUGGUUGCUUAUAGGAUAUUAUUGACUAUACCUGUGACUGUGGCAUCUGCUGAAAGAAGUUUUUCUAAAUUAAAAUUAUUGAAAUCUUACUUGCGGACCACCAUGACUCAAGAUAGGCUAAAUGGAUUAGCGAUAUUAUGCAUUGAAAAGGAUAUGUUAGAGAACAUUAAAUAUGAUAGUAUAAUUGAUGAUUUUGCAUCUAAAAGUACAUGUGAUGAUUCUUUGCUUCGAUUAAUUGUGGAGGAUGAAAAGAAGAUUGAUCAAAUCAAGAAAUGCUUAUGGAGAUUUGGGAGGAAGCAUGUAGACUCAAAUAUGUAG